GUCACCCACGGCGGGUCGGCGGCCCGAACGUGGAAAUUCCCAUCGCGAAGCCUCCCUCUGUCAUCGCCUGCGUCGAUAUCAGCAUCAUCGAUAACAUCAUCAUUGAUAUCAUCAUCGAUAUCAUCAUCAUCAGCCUCCUCGUUAAAGGCGGCAACGUGGGGCUGUCUGCAGCAUUGUAAACAGUGAGGAUCACGCGAGCGAAUCGAUGUCGCCACAGCUCACGAUGCAUCCCCCGUCGCUCGAGUCUCUGCUCGCCGCGGCGGGCGCCGACGAUGCCGGCGACGAGAUUUGCGUCAUCGGGGUGUGCGGCCUCGCCUCCCCCUCGCGCACCAACUACGGCCACACAAUCGUCAACAUCCUCACCGACCGCCUCGUCUUCCCCGCGUGGCACGACUCCGCCGCCGCCGCCGGCGUCGCCGCGCCGGUGGAGGCGCACUACGACCGGGAGAACCGCACCGUCUACCUCGUGGUGUCGUCCGCCAGCCCCGCCGGGCUCCUGCGCGCCAGCGUCACCGCCGGGGACCGGCACGCCGAGACGCACGCGGCUUGGCGCCGCGCCGAGAAGCAGCAUUGCCUGGCCAUGCUGUUCGUGCUGUCGGUGAGCCACGUGGUGCUGCUGCAGCACCCGACCUGCACCUUCGACAUCACCUACGACCGCCUCUUCCGUGGCCUCGACCAGCUCCGGCAGAAGCUGCAGCCGCAGCUCAGGGCGCUGCUGCAGGACUGCCCGGUGGGCAAGGAGUGGCAGCUGAACUGCCGGCCCUGCCCUCCGCGCCUCCUCUUCAUCUUCCAGCUCAACGGGGCGCUCCGAGCCUCGGAUGCCGGGCUGUGGCGCGAGGGCGACUCCCCCGCCGCCGCCGCCGCCGCCGCCGGCGCUGCAACCAAACUCAAGCGCCACUCGCCCAAGCGGCGCCUGCAGCACGCGCUCGAGGAUCAGAUCUACCACGUGUUCCGCAAGAGCCGCUUGCUCACCAACCAGAGCGUGAACUGCCUCUUCACCGUGCCGGCCAACCAGGCCUUCGUGUACGUGAUGGCCGAGCCGCCCGACGACCCCGUCGGCUCGCUCAUCCGCUGCCUCCGCAGCAACUGCAGCCUCAAGGAGGGCGAUGGCCAAAACGCCGGACCACGAAGGUACCAGCUGAUGCGGCGUUCUGCGCGGCCGUCGGCGCUGCCCCCUGCCCCGCCCCCGCCGCUGGAGUCCCAGUCGAGCGGCUCCCUCCCGGCCGACCCCACGCUGCGCGAGUUUGUGUGGCAGCACGCCGAGCUGGUGUUCGCGCGCCGCGGAUUUGACGACAGCGUCGGCCGCAACCCGCAGCCCGCGCACUUCGAGCUGCCCACGCUCGCCAACUGGGCCGCGGUGGCCGCGCGGCUGAGCGGCGCGCUGCUCGGCACGGCGAGCGGCGGGUGGGGGGACGUCGCCGAGGUCUCGGACGGAGAGGACGACGACGAGGAUGAGGACGACGAGGAGGAGGACGGCGGCGCCGGCGACGACGGUGUGGAUGGGAAGACGCCAGCUGAUCCAGUCAGCGUCCAUGCCAAGGUUCAGAGUCAGCUGAAGUGCUUGGAGGGCUUCCUGGACGCCGACACGCGCUUCUCCGAGAGCCGCUGCCAGAAGGCGCUGCCGCUGGCGCACAGCGCGUACCAGGCGGGCCUGCCGCACCACUACACGAGCGCCUACCACCGGAGUCAGCUCGCGCACGCACUCUCCAUCUACAGGCAGCAUGCUCGUGGGCCGGCCUACCAGGCAUACCUCCUCAAGCUGCAGGAGGACUGCCACAGCUUCUGGCAGGCCGGCCACCAGCUGUGCGAGGAGAGAAGCCUCACGGACCAGCACUGCAUCCACAAGUACCACCUGCUGCCCAAAGCGGGAGAACUUGCAGACCCAGACCAAGUGCCACCAGUUGUCCCCCAUUGCAGCCGUUCCCGCGCCACCAGCACCUGCAACUGCGGCUCGCACCAGGGCACUCGCGAGGACCCCUUCACCCUGCGCGCUGCCAACUUCACCUUCUUCGAGAUGAUGGAGGACAAAUACUGCGGCAAGCUGGAACACUUCAUCUUCCCCACGUUCGAGCGCGACGCGGGAGUCAGCCGCAAGAACUCGCUCGAUGCCAGCGUGGCCCCAGCUCCCGUGCCCACAGAGGACGCCCUCUACAAAGACGCCCCCGAAGCCACGGGUGGCACCGAGUGCAGCCCGGACCUCCCGCACGGCCUGGGCCAGGCGGCCGGCACGCCCGCGGGGCUGCUCGCCGAGCCGCAGGCCGGCACCGCCGCCGCGGCCGGCCCGGCGCGGUCGCAGCCCGGGCUGGGCCACGUUCACUCCCAGCCACCCGCCGCCACCUCCCAACCGGCGCACGCGCACUCCCAGCCGGCGCCGGCCACGCACGGGGACCAGAACGACGCUCGCCCCUGCCGCGCCCGCUCCCAGUCCGGACCGACGCCCCACGACGAGGGUGGCGAGCUCGAGCCCGGAGAGAGGCCGGCAGCCAACCCGGAGGAGAAGUCCCCGCUUCAGGAUGACCAGGACCGACAGCAGCAGCAGCAGCAGCAGCCGCUGGGGGGAAUGGUGCACCUGGGAGGGGUGGUGGCGGGGCGGCUGCCCUCCUUCUCGUCGUGGUCGCUGGUGCGGCUGGGACCCGCCAAGGCCUACGUCCCCUCGCAGGGGCUCGCCGACAUGCCGGGGUUCGUGCCGGGGACCCACUUCCUGAUGCCGUGGGACGUCCCGCUGUCCAGCACGCGGCGCUCCAACGAAGGAGAGGAGGAGGAGGCGUGGCCAGCGAUCCGCACGGAGGGAGCGGAGCGUGCGGAGGGGGAGUCCUGGAGGGGGUUUGCCCCAACGCGUACCUGGAGACGCGGGGACAACACGGCCAGGGCGUACGUCGGCUACGAGUACGAGGACUCGCGGGGCCGGCGCUUCAUGUGCUCUGCGCCGGAGAAAGUGAUGAAGGUGGCGCCGGGCAGCGGCUACCGCGACUUUGCGAGCCGCGCGCUCGCGGCCGACAUGCCGCUCUACGUGGCCGCCUCGGGGCAGAGCCGCGGGCCCAAGCCGGCGCUCGCUCAGCUCAUGCGCCUCUACGUCGUGGUGCCCGACGCGUCCGUGCGCCUGCUGCUCGCACCGCAGGUGCAGCCCGGCUCGGCGCCGUGCCCGAUCUUCGUUCCAGAGCAGCGCGAGGUGACGCUGCCCACGGACGGCCUGUGGGUGCUUCGCCUGCCCAUGGCGUACGGCAGCGAGCGCGGCCCCUGCCUGCCGCCGCGUGACACGCAGGGCCUGUCCGCCUACCGCCUCCUCCGCGGCGUGCUCCGGGUGGAGACUUAGGGAGCCGGAGGUGGUGGAACAAUCGUUCGAGGGGAGUGCCAGGCACAGCAAGAGAACGGGGCGGGCAGCGGGCGCCGAUGACACGGCGGUGCCGCGCCACUGCACCAUCUCGACGGCGGCGUCUCGCUCUGCGGGUCACGUGACUUGUUAAUCAACAUUCUGGCCGCACGCUGCAGAUCAUGUGACCAGCAUCCACUGGUUUUGCACUGCAGCCGCACUCGUCGCACCGAUGAUGACGACGAUGAUGAUGAAGCGCUUGCGUGGAGCAGUGCCCAAGAUGAAACAUUUUGGCGGGGGCUCCUGGCGUGGUGGCUAUUCGAUCAUUUUUCACCAGGAUGGUUUGUGCAGGAAGACUGGGAGCAUAGGCAUGAAAUAGAUUGUGAUGCAAAGCCCUCUGCUGCCAACAACAUUACCCCCUCUGCCCCCCCCCCCCCCCCCUCCUCUACAGCAGCCUAUUUAAAGCUUAUUUUACAUAAUGUAGGUUUUUUGGGCUAGAUCGCGUAAAUAUAUAAAUGUGUCGUUAAAUCCGCCAGCACCCGACACAGCCAACUAGUAAGGGUUGUCACGUAAACAGAACGUGGCCAAUUCGUCACUAGUACAGCACACUGGUUGUGUGUUGGAGAGAAAAUUUACAAUCUGGGUACGACGUUUCGCCUAUAAUUAUAACUAGCUUCAUCAGGCGGAUGUGAUGACGUCACUUGUGAUCCUUUCAAGUUAAAAGGGGGGGGAUUAAUUAAUGCAUAUACAUUACAAUGGGUUAUCCAUUGCCGGUUGGGUUAUUCAUAUGGUUGUCAACGUACAUUAUUGGAUGCACAUUAUGCAUGCCGAUUGUUCUUGUACCUACACACUUAUAUUUACGCGAUCUAACCCAAAUAACCUACAUUAUGGAUGAUAUUGGUUGCAAAAGCCUACUUCGUGUUCAACUAAAAAGCCUGUUAUAGUGGUCACCCAUGCAAGCACUAUUCAAAUGAAAAAAAUCCUGCUUAAUUUUUUUAUAUAUCUGAUGAGUCAAAUCUGAGAAAUGACAACAACAAAAAGCCGUCGUAACAGAAUUAAAAAAACAGCGCAGGUCAUAGAAACGACACACGUGUGUGCGUGUGUGUGUGCUUUUUUAAAGCGCAAUAUUUCACUUGCGUGGCCGCAUUGCAGGCGUUUCGGUGGAAGGCGACUCAAGCUCCGAAUAGCUUCACUAUCAAUAAUUGCUUCGUCGGUGUUUAAUCUUUCAUUAUGAGAAAGAACCUGCUCAUGUAAAUAAACACCCCCCCCUUGCAUUAACCACUGUAAUUUAACGUGAAUUGUGUGGUGUACAAUGGUGUUUGUGGCAAAUGUGCUCGGCGUGUGAGUGCGAGUGUAUACAAGUGUUGAUUGCAUUGGGUACAAGUGGCUAUAAAAUGCAUUGUGGUUUUGUAACAAUAAAUGUCAUGUCCUAUCUCGGUUAUUUCUUGGAAUAUCACAUUUCCUUCAGACCCAUUGCACACGUUACAAGUGGUCAGUGUGUCUUUCGAGACGGAUGCAAAUCCAAGCCGUGCAAUGUAACUGCUGUUUGUAUUUAGCUGGUCCGCACCUCCGAUGCGCGUGAUUGGCUACGUCUGGUGCGAGUGGAGUUCACGCGCAUAGAUCUAACCCAUGGCCACUUGACUCUUACAGUUUUUCUCAAUCGUGCAAAACAAGAACAGUUCAUCUGGAAAAAAAUAGGUGAACCUAGCAAAGUUGUACGGUACUCUGCUCGGGAAAGUCAUCAUGAGAUAAUUACAGAUACAGGUUCACAGCAACACCGAUGUUAACCAAGGCUUGCAAUGGGUACCGUACCAUUUCUCAGUUUAUAUUCAGCCUUUCAGGAGACGGGUUAUUUGACAAACAAAUAAAACUUGGCUCAAUUGUGAACAAUUAAUUUAAGGAAUUUUUAUUGAUAGGCAUUUGUAAAUUAUUAACAUCUAAUUAUCAGAAGCAUACUGCCUGUGUAAACAGACAAGGUGAAAUACAUGGACUGCAUAAAUUACUACUAUUAAGUAUUAGGAUUGUCAAAUGGCAAUAAACAAGACACGGUUAAAUUUCGAUUUAAAGCUUUCGUGACUGCAGGGAUUCACCUUCUUGGUUCUUUCGGUAAAGUCACGUAGAAGGGAAAUAAUAAAAUAAUAAAAAUAAAACA